AUGGACAUUCCGAACGCAUUCAUUCAGACCUUGAUGCCAGAUUUAAGUGAUGGAGAAGAUCGGGUGAUCAUGAAGGUAACUGGACUGGUGGUCCAAUAUACAAUUGAUUUGGACCCGACCUAUCGCGAUUAUGUUGUUUAUGAGAAUGGCAAGAGAGUGAUCUAUGUUGUGAUCCUUCGUGCCAUAUAUGGGAUGUUGCAGGCUUUGUUGCUGUGGUAUCGAAAUCUGAGAGCUUCUCUAGAGGAGUUUGGCUUUGUUUUUAAUCGAUAUGAUCCCUGCAUUGCCAACAGAAUGGUUAAUGGCAAACAAUUGACAAUCAGGUUCCAUGUUGAUGACGUUUUGGCGAGUCACAUGGAACAACAAGUACUUGAAGAUUUUUUCACAUGGGUGAAUGAAAAAUAUGGUGGCUUAAAAGAGGUAACAUGUACUAGAGGUAAAGUUCAUACUUAUUUGGGCAUGGCAUUGGAUUUUUUGAAAAAAGGAAAAAUGAAAAUUUGCACGGAUGAUUAUGUGAAUUGCAUGCUGAAUCAAGUCGAAUUGGGCAACAUUACUAUUGAACACAUGCCAACUGAUGAAAUGUGGGCAGAUUACAUGACAAAACCUUCACAGGGUAAAAAGUUUCGCAAAUUCUGGGCUGUAAUUCAAGGUGACCAGGAUUAG